AUGGCGAUUAAGAGAAAGCUCGAAUCUGAAUCCAACGAGUCGUCAGAGCCUCCGCAGAAGCAGCAGCAGCAGCAGCAGCAAUGUAAAGAAGAGGAUCCGGGAAUCAGAAAUGACGAUAAUCAGAAACCCGGCGAUGUAAAAAUUGAACGCGACGGGGUAGAGGAGGUUAAAGGAGAUGUCGAGGUUGAUACGUCUGGUGAUCAGACGGAGGCGGCGACGUCGUCAGGAUCUGGGAAUCGGGGAGGUGAGGAGGAGGACGACAAUGAGCCAAUCGGAGAUCUAUUGGAACCGUUUACAAAGGAUCAGCUGUUGGUUCUUCUCAAGGAAGCGGCGGAGAGGCAUCGCGAUGUGGCUGAUCGAAUCCGGAUUGUGGCCGAUGAGGAUUCCGUUCACCGUAAGAUCUUCGUCCACGGAUUAGGAUGGGACACUAAAGCCGACGCGCUCAUCGAAGCUUUUAAGCAGUACGGAGAGAUCGAAGACUGCAAAUGCGUGGUUGAUAAGGUCUCUGGGCAAUCCAAAGGAUAUGGUUUCAUCCUCUUCAAGUCACGUUCCGGUGCUCGGAAAGCGCUCAAGCAGCCUCAGAAGAAGAUCGGAACUCGUAUGACGGCGUGCCAGCUAGCGGCCAUAGGACCCGUUCAGGGAAACCCAGUCGCAGCAGCGCCUGUUCAGCAGCAUUUCAACCCUGAACACGUCCAGAGGAAGAUCUAUGUCAGUAACGUUAGCGCAGAGAUCGAUCCGCAGAAAUUGCUUGCGUUUUUCUCGAGAUUCGGGGAGAUAGAAGAAGGUCCGUUGGGGCUUGAUAAAGCUACAGGGAGACCCAAAGGCUUCGCUUUGUUUGUUUAUAGAUCCCCAGAGAGCGCUAAGAAGGCACUGGAGGAGCCGCACAAGACCUUUGAAGGUCACAUCUUGCAUUGCCACAAAGCAAACGACGGGCCAAAACCGGUUAAGCAACAUCAGAAUCAGCAUCACCAGAACUCUCACAGUCAAAAUUCCCGGUACCAAAGGAACGAGAACACUGGUUACGGUGCACCUGGAGGCCAUGGACAUUUCAUAGCUGGUGGUAAUAACCAAGCAGCGCAGGGGUUAAACCCGGCCAUUGGCCACGCUCUCACAGCUUUGCUAGCGUCUCAAGGUACUGGAUUGGGUAUGAACCAAGCAUUUGGACAGGCUUUGUUGGGGACAUUGGGGACAGCUAGCCAAGGAAAUGCAGCUGGAAUGCCUGGUGGCUAUGGUGCUCAAGCAAACAUCACACCAGGGGUCUUUCCUGAGUACGGUUUCCAAGUCGGUUUUCAGGGCGGUUAUCAGACUCAGCAACCUGGUCAGGGCGGUGCUGGAAGAGGUCAGCAUGGUGGAGGCUAUGGUGGUCCUUACAUGGGUCAAUAG